AUGGACCCUUAUACAACAUACUUAAUACAAAAGAGCUCGCCAGAACCUCUGCCGCUGAACCUGACUCCAGGUCUAGACUACAUCUACUAUGAAGCGGCGAACGGAUCCAUGAAGUUGCACCACACCCCUGCCGCCUGGAGCGAAGCUCGACUGAAGUGCUUUGAUGAAGGUGCGGAGCUGGCUUCCCCAGAGAACCACGCCUUAUUGGCGACCAUGAGCAGAGUACUGCUGACGAGCAGGCAGCCACUGCUACACGUGUUCACAGGCAUAAACGACUUGUAUUCCAAAGGCUUCUUCACUUCUCUGAAAGGCAUCCCGUUGAAAAAGAUGGCAGCGACCUGGUCACCACGGGAGCCAGACAACGUGAACCACUUCGGCAACUGUCUGAUCAUGCAGCGCAGCGGCCCGCUCCUGGACAGCAAGUGCGAUGACGUGUACCCUUACAUCUGCUACAAGAGACAGCCCCCCAGCCAGCUGAGUCUCUGCGGGACUAAGGAUACAGAAUACGCCUACGACAAAGUCACUAAGACCUGUCAUAAGAUCCACCCCCAAUUCGUAUCCUGGCAAGUGGCGUACGCCACGUGCGCCACCGAGGGCGGGCACCUGGCGGUCGUGAACAGCGAGUACGAGGCCAAGACCCUGGCCCGGCUGAUCAAGUCCGAUUGGAUCUGGGCUCACAUCGGAUUCAGUUACUGGAGGAAGGACUUGUGGGUGACAGUUCACGGUGAAACGCUGGCUGAGGCCGGCUACGAAGUUUGGGCCCCUGGCGAACCCAACGACUGGAACGAGGAGCGCUGCGGGAGCCUCGCCGCCGACGUCAGCACGCUAGUGGACAUCGACUGUCUGGACCACGCGCGGCCGUUCAUUUGUGAAAUAUCCAACUCUAUGUAA